CGCUCAUCUACUCUCUUCUCUUCUCUUCUCUUCGUUCAGCCCCUCUAUUCUCUGUCUCAACGAGCUCUCCCAGCUACUCUCUUCUUUUCUCUGUCUCAGGCCCUUUCUUCUCUUCUCUUCUCUUCUCAGUCUCAGCUUAUCUCAAGAAGAUGGGACUUCCACUCAGAUCGACGAAAAAGGGACUUCCACUCAGAUCGACGGGCAGCCCCUCUAUUCUCUGUCUCAACGAGCUCUCCAGCUACUCUCUUCUUUUCUCUGUCUCAGGCCCUUCUUCUCUUCUCUUCUCUUCUCAGUCUCAGCUUAUCUCAAGAAGAUGGGACUUCCACUCAGAUCGACGAAAAAGGGACUUCCACUCAGAUCGACGAAAAAGGGACUUCCUUUCGCU